AUGUGGUCGCAGCUGGCCUGGCAUCCUCCCCAGUACCUCGGCAAGAUGAUUUCUGGUUGUAUGCUCUUCUGGUCUAGCCUGACACUGCUAUUCCCCGUGGCUGCAAACUUCGCUGGUGCUUUCUUCGUCAUCAUCACGAGUAAUUGGUGGACACGACAAGAGCAGGCCUUCAGGGCCGCUUUCUGGCUCGCAGGUACUCCAAUUGGGAAUCUCAUGGGCUGCCUCAGUUCGUUCGCAGUAGGGGAGAUCCAUAACGCUAUCGCCACGUGGAAGUUAUUCUUCUUGCUUUUCAGUUCAUUAAGUUUCGGCUUCUCUAUCCCACUCGCCUCUCUGCUACUAGAUAACCAGCUAAAUUCACGCUGGUUGAAUGAUCUCGAAAAGCAGACAGCCGUUGCCACGGUUAGACAAAACCAAAUUGUUACGGCUGCUGACCAUUGGAAAUGGCCACAAUUCUGGGAAGCGUUGAGAGACCCACAGACAUGGUUCUUCUUCGCUACUGCUGUCGGCAACACGAUGCCUUCGACAUUCGCAAGUAUGUUUUCGAGCCAAACCGUCGAACGCUUCGGCUUCAUGACACUUCAGGCUACGGUAAUCUCCACAUGUCCCGCCGCUGUAAUUCAGCUGGAGACGUUCCUCAUUUUCUCCUGCAUUGCAUCGCAUUACCGCAAUCUUCGGCUAUUCCUGUCUGUCAUCAAUUCAAUCCCGCCUUUGAUUGGAGCCUCACUUCUCUACGCACUGCCCGAGGAUAACGCUGCUGGCCGGCUCGCAGGGUACUAUCUUACUUAUACACAUGCCAUGUCUUUUACACUCACUACAGGACUCAUGUCUGCCAACUACGCCGGCAAUACAAAGAAGAGAACAGCUUCCGGACUCAUCUUUGUUGGAUGGGCGGCUGGUAUUAUUGCAGGGCCACAAUUCUUUCUUGCCGACCAAGCCCCCGCAUAUGAGCUGGCCUUUGGAAUGCUGAUGGGCUGCUAUGCGCUGAUGAUCCUUGUCCCAAUUUGCCAGUUUGUAUGGUAUCGUUAUGAGAAUGGUCGGCGUGAUCGAAUCGAAGCGUAUGUUGGUCGUUCUGUUGGCCUCGACUUCACAGACGAGACCGAUUUUGAACAAGAAGAGACGUUUAGAUAUGUCAUGUAG